CGGGGCGGGUCCAGGAGUGCGGCCUGCACUACCCGAAGUGGAGAAGGAGGAGGCAUCAAAACUAGGAAAAGUAAUUAGCUAUGGCUGUGGAGGAACUUCAGUGCAUAAUAAAAAGAUGUCAAAUCCUAGAAGAGCAUGAUUUUAAAGAAGAAGAUUUUGGCCUCUUUCAGCUAGCAGGCCAAAGAUGCAUUGAAGAUGGGCAUAUAAACCAGCUGCUAGAGAUUAUUCAAGAUGAGCAGAACAGGACCAUCAUUAAGUCUAUGGGGUGGAAUCUUGUCGGUCCUGUUGUUCGAUGCCUCCUGAGGGGCAGGGAAGAGGAUAAAAGAGAAGAGUGUUUUCUGAUAUUUGAUUUGUUGGUGAAGUUGUGUAAUCCAAAGGAAUUGUUGUUGGGUUUGCUUGAACUCAUUGAAGAGCCCUCCGGAAAACAGAUAUCCCAAAUUAUUCUUCUUUUACUGCAGCCAUUACAAACAGUUAUUCAGAAACUUCCUAACAACAAGGCAUACUCCGUUGGAUUAGCAUUGUCUACACUUUGGAGUCAGCUGUCUCUUCUUCCCGUCCCACAUUCAGAAGAACAAAUUCGGGCAGAUGACUAUGGCCUUUGUCAGUGUUGCAAGGCCUUGAUAGAGUUCACGAAACCUUUUGUGGAAGAAGUAAUUAGUGAUAAAGAAAACAAAGAAAAUGCAAAACUAAAAGAUGAAUUACUGAAAUUCUGUUUGAAAAGCUUGAAAUGCCCUUUGCUGACAGCACAAUUCCUCGAACAGUCUGAAGAAGUUGGAAAUGACCCUUUUCGGUGUUUUGCAUCUGAAAUAAUAGGAUUUUUAUCAAAAAUUGGACACCCUGUCCCCAAAGUUAUUCUUAAUCAUGGAAGGAAAAAAAGGACUUGGGAUUACCUUGAAUUUGAAGAAGAAGACGACAAACAACUGGCAGACUCUGUGGCUUCUCUGACGUAUCUAGUGUUUGUUCAGGGCAUUGGUGUUGACCAGCUUCCCAUGGUGUUAAGCCCAUCAUACCUUUUGCAGUUGAACAUGGAGCAUAUUGAAGUGUUUCUGCAAAGAACAGAACAGUCUAUUUACUCCAAAGGAUUGGAACUUCUGGAGACUAGCUUAUUGAGAUUAGAAGACAACAGCCUCUGUUAUCAGUAUUUAGAAAUCAAGAGUUUUCUUGCUGUGCCUCAGGGCUUAGUCAAAGUUAUGACACUUUGCCCCAUUGAGACAUUGAGGAAAAAAGGUUUAGCUAUGCUUCAGCUGUAUAUUGACAAGUUGGAUUCGCAAGGCAAAUAUACAUUAUUUAGGUGCUUACUAAAUACAAGUAAUCACUCAGGUGUGGAAGCCUUUGUAAUUCAAAAUAUCAAAAAUCAGAUUGAUUUAUCAUUUAAGAAAACACAUAACAAAUGGUUUGCAGGAGCACAGCUGAUCUCUCUGUUAGACCUGGUCCUGUCUCUCCCUGAGGGCGCUGAGACAGAUUUACUGCAGAACUCAGACAGGAUUAUGGCUUCAUUAAAUUUAUUGAGGUAUUUGGUUAUCAAAGAUAAUGAAGAUGACAAUCAAACUGGAUUAUGGACAGAACUUGGAAAAAUUGAAAAUAACUUUCUAAAGCCACUUCAUAUAGGACUUAAUAUGUCAAAAGCACAUUAUGAAGCAGAAAUUAAAAACAGCCAACAAAAUAGCCAAGUAGCCUCGAUGUGUAAAGGUGUUUGUUCCGUGACGGUAGGUGGAGAGGAAAUCCCUACAAUGCCUCCUGAAAUGCAGCUGAAGGUCUUACAUUCCGCUGUCUUCACAUUUGACUUGAUUGAGAGUGUUCUGGCUCGAGUAGAAGAACUCAUUGAAAUCAAAUCAAAGUCUACCUCUGAAGAAAAUGCUGGGAUAAAGUAAAAGUUCUGUUUCAUAAAUAAAAACCAAUAAAAUGCUGUUUUUCAUUAUACUUUA